AUGACCAAAAAGGGCUUUCUGUUCAGUUUGCACGGAACGACAAAAGCCGAGCUUGCCGAUGAAGCCCUCUACUACGGCAUCGAGUCGCAGCUCAAGUCGGCGAUGUCGCCGCCUCCUUUCUCCGGUAUCGACGCAUCCGUCGUCACCACCGUCCAACCAGCCUACGAUGGCUGCCCCUCAGCGAUCGCCACCGGCGACGAUGGCUCCGUCUGGAUUGCCCAUGGCGGCCAGCUGUCGAGCUACGAUUGGAAUCUGAGCCAUUCCGGAACGAUUCGAACGCAUUUGGAGGACAUAACCUCGAUUUGCCGGGUGUAUCCUGACAUCGCCGCCGGAGGAUCCGAAUCAUCCGCGGGGCUUUACUUCUACGACUUCUCCGGCGUGCGAAACCUCGGGUCGAUCCACUGGACCGACCCGAACGAUCCGAGAAUCUUCAAGGCCCGAGUCACCGCCAUUGCCGACUCGCCGAGCUCGGUCUUCGCGUCGUUCGAUUGCCCGCACCGAGAGAAUUGCAUACUCUUGAUCGACAAAUCCACGCUGAAGAUUGUGUCGGAGCUAAGCCGGCAGCCGGGGAGCUCGGCGAAGAACCUAGCCGUUGGAAAGCUGAGGUGGCUUCCAGAGACGAGCAUGGUCGUGGGGAGCUCGGUCACGUGCGGCGCGUUUGGGUACUCGGGGUAUAUCCGAAUUUGGGACCCGAGGGCGAAUGAGAUGGUUUGGGAAGCGAACGAGCCGGGUUCGGGCCGGAGCAGUAGGUUCGGGGACUCAUUCGCUGACGUGGAUGCCGACGUCGAAGAGUCGACCCUGUUCAAGGUGUGUUCAAAGUCUGGGGAUUUGGCAGUGGCAGACUUGCGUAAAUUAGGCGAUGAUCCGUGGGUUUAUUUACAAGACAAGAACCCGAGCAUGAGGAACACAAGCGGCGAUCGGCCGGUUGGCCAUAGCAGUAGUGUAAUUCGCUGUUACAGAAAGCAAGUGUUUGUGGGGAGGGAAGGUGGGUUGGAGGUUUGGUCGAGAGUGGCGAAAGCAGAAAACAGGGUGGCAAUAGAAAAUGGGGUUUAUGAGGGGUGGUAUAGGAGGAAUUUUGUGGAUAAAGUUGAGGAUUCUGAGAGAGGGGUUAUACAGAAAAUCGAAGGCGGCGGAGAUAGGCUCUUUGUGAUAAGAGAAGAAGUUGAAGGUGUUGAGGUUUGGGAGAGCUCUUGUUCUUCUGCUGCAGUUUCAGUUUUGUGAUUCAAAAGGAGGCUCUGUAAUAUCAAACACUGUAUUGGUACUAUGUUUUGCGUUUCUGGGCAUAUUGGUAUUGUGGCACAUUGUCUCAGGUUUCGUUUCUUUGCUUCCUUUUAUGGAUGAAUAUUUUGGAUAUAUCUCCUUUACCUGGUAUUUUCUUAUGUAAUUACAUGCUAAGAGAGGAGUUACCUUGAAACAAAGUUGGUAUGGAGUGGAGGAAUGUCAACAAUGAGCAGUUUGCAUCAUUCACAUGAUUGGAGGCUUUCAAUUAGUUAAGUCGGAGCCAGUGAUUGCAGACAUGUACGUCAACAACCUAUUUGCAAAUUGCUGGGGUUUGGGAUUUUUGUCCAUGUCAAUACCGCCAGUACUUUCUAAAGCUACAGGCACCUGAGUGUAUAUGAGGCUGAAUGCGUAGAUAAGCAAAUUGCGGAAAUUUUGUCUCUUAACUUAAGCAUGCAACCAUGUGCCUCGGCCAGUUGGUGCAAGGUUGUCCAUCUACUUUGAAUGUCCCUCGGCGAGUUGGUCUAUCAGGAGGCAGAAUUGGGGUUUGCCACAUGAUUUUAUCCCCUAAUUUCUGAUUGUUUGUGGCAAAUCAAGAUCAAGAAAGGUAACUGCCCCAGUUGGAACAUCAUUUGUACUUUCAGUAGUAAGUUGUGUUAUUGCUUUACAAGCGGAUAUUUGGGAAGCUACAUAUGGUUAUGAACACGGUAUGAUUGACAAGAUCCAUGAGGCCAUCCGCAUGAGUAUGUUCUGGGUUCUUACACACAUCUUCUCCUUGGAGCCAUAAAUAGAAUUGGUGAUAUGAGCUGUGCUGGUAUUUUCAAGGGUUUAUUAGUGAAAGAGGCGACGAGCAGGUACAUGAUUGACGUUCACUCGGUGUGCAUGAACAAGUGGAUCAACGUUCACUUGGUGUGCAUGUGGAUUGAUGUUCAGAAGACAAGGAAACACCGGGCCGCUACCAGGGCAUGAGGAAACUAAUGAGCAAUUUGAUGAUACUGCACGAUGCUUCUUUGUUGUACAAAUAUGAUUAGACUGAGUCUCAGAAUGAGCAGAUAGUGGUGUAUGAAGUCAAUUGCAGAAUGGUAUGUGCUGCUGGGUGUCAUUGAUCCGCAUAUAAUGUAUUCUUCAGCAGUGUAUGAAAUCUGUUAUCGGAUAAUGAAAUACCCUCCUUACGCAAUGCAAGCAAUAUUUUUAACAA